UAAACAAACAACCUCUCAGCUUUCCGGAGCCUCAGGAAGAAAUUUGCCCUUUGUGUACGUGCAGCUGUUUCCUGACACACUCUGCCCUGGCCUGGCAGUGUGCACAGCUUUCGUCUGAGGAGGCAGGAUGGCGAAGACCCUGAGAGAUCAUCUGCUGCUGACCCUGGAAGACCUGGGGGAAGAUGAGCUCAAGAAGUUCAAGUUCAAACUGCACGAAAUGCCACUGAAGGAGGGAUAUGAAAAUAUCGGCCGUGGGACACUGAAGAAAGUGGAUGUCAUCGACCUCACUGACAAGCUGAUCAGCUGCUACGAAGGAAAUUAUGCAGUGGAGGUGACCGUGGAGGCGCUGAAAUCAAUAAACGAGAGGGAUUUAGCAGAGAAACUCGCCAAGGCAACAGGAAAUGAUGCUUUAAACUCCAAACAGGAAUCAGACACUCAGCAAGGUCCAGAGUUGGAGGAGAAAGAUCUUUUUAAAGAGAGAAGGGGAGCACUCCAGGACCUCCUGUCCAAGCUGAAGAUGGAGAAGCACAGAAGCACGAAGCUGGGGUUGAGAGAUCUCCAGGAAAUCAACCCAGAAAGUCUACAGAACUGGACUCCUCAGGCAUUAGGGGAUUUACCGUGGCAUUUUCUGAGGAAGGUCAUGGCUCUGAAUGGGAUGGCCAGAAACAUGAACCUUGGGCAGGGAGCAUCUGCUGACAAAGCAAGCAGUGAUGACAAUGGGGGACAAGGCGAUGGUGGCAAUGUUCUUCAUUAUAGCAACAUGGACGCUAGAGCUUCUCUGCACCCCCUCGAUGUUCUCUGUGCCGUUCUGCUUUGCUCAGAUAGUUUCCUACAGCAGGAGAUCCUGUUAAAAAUGUCCAUGUGCCAGUUUGCCCUCCCUCUGCUGCUACCUGCCCUCGACACUCCCAAGUGCACUCUAAUGCUGUGGGCCAUGAGGGACAUUGUGAGGAAAUGGAGGCCGCACUCCCUGGCAGAGAGCAGAGGGUUCAGAGAGGAGAGCCUGGUGCUCACAUCACUGCCAACCAUUUCCUUUGUGCGGCUGGGGAGCUGCAGCUUCUCCAAGUCCCAACUCCUCAAUGAGGUUCUCAGCCCCUCCCAGCAGCACCACGAUUUCUUUAUCCAUCGGGACAUGGAGUCUGGGAACAUCCCUCGGGAAAUCGCAGAUGGGCUGGUUGAGAUUUCCUGGUAUUUCCCCGCUGGGAGGGAGAAUUUGGAUCUUUUCCCAGAGCCCGUCGCGGUUACAAAUCUGCGCGGAGACAUUGAGUCGCACCAGCUGCAGUUUCGCUUUUUAACAGAGGUCUCCUCAGCAGUGUUCAUAGUUACUGAGAGCAUCAGUGAGAGACAAUAUGCGCUGUUAUCAUCCCUGCAGGGAUCAGCCACUAAAUACUACUUCAUCCUCAAUUACGAGUCUGGCAAACGGAGUGAAACUCGGGAAUUCCUUAAUAAAUUAGCGCCAGUGCUGAAACUGAGUAAACAGCAUGUCCUAGAGAAAGAAAUUGGGACCAAGAAAGAGGAAUUCAUGGAAAAGUUGUGCUCUGCUAUAGGAAGUAUAAUGAACGAUCAUCACAAGGACAUGAAUAUGGAAGGCAUGGCUGUGACCGCACGUGAACUCGGAAUCCAGCUGGAUGAGGACUGUGAGGAAUGUCAGAGAGCAAAGAACCGCGUUAAAGAAAUCACGGCAGAAAUAAAAGAUGUUGGAAAUUACAAGAGGCAAAUACUGCAACUGCAAGGGGACCUGUGGAAGAGCUUAAGCAACGUGGAAAGAGAAAUGUGCAGAUUGAAAGGACAAGGGGACGUCCCCACAGAAGAAUAUAAAUCUAGGCUGAAAGAGAAAUUGUUGGAGUUACGUACACAGCAGAAUAAAUGUGACCUUACUGAUGGUUUGACUAAAUUUAUCAAUGGAAUAGGAACACUAUCUCAAAUGGAAAUACGCUACUUCCUGAAAUGCAUGAAAUUUAAUUUAGAUGGCAUUGCUAAGGGGAACCAUCCUAAUUUGCAACCUAACCAACAAAAGCUACCAGAACAGGAUGAAUCCAUCUCUGCCAGUUCCCUAGGAGUGGAGCAUUUCCUGCGUGAGUUGGGGCAGUUCUAUGAGGCUGAACACUCAAUGGUGAAGGAAGGCAAAAUGGCAAAAAUUCAAAGGAAAUUCAUUCAUUUCCCGAGGUUAGCAGCUGACCUGAUGCUGGAAGGGUUUCCCAUGGAGCUGAUCGAUGGAGAUGCCUCCAACAUCCCACUGCAGUGGGUGACGGAUGUUCUGAGUGAGCUCCAUGCCAAGCUGGGGAGAAGGUCCAAAAUGGUGGUUCUAACGGUGAUGGGAGGUCAGAGCACUGGGAAAUCCACCCUCCUCAACACCAUGUUCGGCCUGCAGUUUGCAGUGAGCAGUGGCCGAUGUACGCGAGGAGCCUUCAUGUCCCUCAUUAAAGUGGCAGAGAACUUUCAGCAGGAGCUGGGCUGUGAUUUCAUCCUGGUGAUAGACACAGAAGGCUUGAAAGCCCCUGAACUGGCCAAGCUGGAGGAUAGUUAUGAACUUGACAAUGAGCUGGCCACACUGGUGAUUGGACUGAGCGACAUAACGAUUGUUAACCUGACCAUGGAGAAUGCCACAGAAAUGAAGGAUGUUCUGCAAAUUGUGGUCCAUGCCUUUCUCAGAAUGGAGGAAACGGGGCACAUGCCCACCUGCCAAUUUGUGCAUCAAAACGUCAAUGAUGUGGCUGCCUAUGAACAAAACAUGAGAGACAGGAAAUAUCUUGUGGAGCAGCUGAAUAAAAUGACCAUAGCUGCAGCAAAGAUGGAAAAACUACAGAAAGAAAUUAUGGUUUCUGACAUUAUGGACUAUGACCCAGAGAAACACAAUUGGUACAUCCCCAGCCUGUGGCAUGGGGACCCUCCAAUGGCACCAGUGAACAUUGGGUACAGUGAGAGUGUGUGUGGGCUAAAGAAAUGCUUGUUUGAAUUUGUAAGACAACAUUCACUUAACAGCAUUCCCAAAGACAUUCCCCAAUUUAUCGAAUGGGUGAAGAGUCUGUGGAACGCUCUGAAACAUGAUGACUUCCUCUUCAGCUUUAGAAACCCCUUCACAACUGAAGCCUACACCAAGAUAGCUGCAAAGUCUGUAGGGUGGGAAUGGGAGUUCCGCAAGGAAAUGAAUCUGUGGGUAACUGAAAAACAAACUUUCUUCAAGAAUCAACCACCAGAUAAAUUAGAUGCUCGUGUCCUGACCAACUUAACAAGUGAGACUCAGCAGAAAGUGAGCUAUGAAUCGCACAGGAUUUUGGAGCGGUUUCAAAGUGCAGCAGUAAAGCAGACGGUUAGAGAUGAGAACACGGAAUGUUUUGUUAGGUAUUCACGUCCGCUUGCACAUCAAAGUUCAAGUUAUUCACGCGCCAUUUGUUCCAAUCUGGUGACUGCCAGCAAAGGAUGGCGAAAGAAAAACACUAUUCAGGCUACGUGCAUAAAAACAAUUGAAGGUGAAAUGGACAUGCUUUUGGAAGACUGUAGAAUGAGAGAGAACAAAGCAGACAACAAGGAACUGGAAAUGGAGUUUGAGGAAAUGUGGAGUGAGACAGUGUCAAAAAUACGGCUCGGCUGUUUGGAUGAAAAGCAAAUGUAUCAAGACAUUGAGUUGCUGCUAAGAGAGGACCUGGCAAAGCAAGAGAAUCCAUCCAGUCUAAAGCUACAGGAAUACAGCAACUUAUUGAAUUAUGGAACAAAAUCUUUCAUUAUGAAAAAGGAAUACUUAGAUUUACCAUGGAUUAAGACCCUGAAUGAAUGGUUCACACAGGAAUGCUGGCAUAAAACAGAAGAACUUGCUAAAUCAUUAAUGGAACAGUGCAAAGAUUAUAUUAGAAAUAUAGCAGACAGCAAAGUAGAUUAUGAUGAAAUUUACAGCAGAAAUCUGUUGAGGAUGAUCAAUGAGAGGCUUCAAGAGGCAGAAGUUCAGAAACUUCACACGAGCGCUUGCUUUAAAGUUGACCUGAAGCUUCACAUUUUGGGGGAAGUGGUUCCUUUAUUAGAGAAGAUGCAAGCAAGCUUCAUCAAAGAAAAUGAUCCUGAACUAUAUCUGGAGAAACUAAAACCUCACUAUCUCGCCACAUUUAGAGAUCUUUAUUUGGGGAAGGAUUCCUGCCAAACAAGAGCCAGGGAUUUCUGUCAUUGGUGUCUCAAACCUGCCCUGGUGGACUAUGUGAACAACAGACUUGGGUUAGAAAUAGUCGAUGACAUUCUCAGAAGUGGACAGUAUGAUGAAUAUACAAACCGAAGCCUUUUCCAGUUCACUGUCUUGAAGAAGCUGCUGAAAUAUGAAAACUUUGACACCUAUAUCAUAUACAUUAAUAACUAUGAACGUUUUGUCAAAAUCUGGGUAGAGGGACACCUGCUAGAUCGCUACAGCCAGACAGCGCGGUUGCGACACCUGGAGAAAGAGAUUCUGUCCUCAGUAAUAAAGAAAGCCAGGACUGCUUUGGAGUCUCCCAGUGACAAAAGCACCAGCAUGGUCUGUGACUUUUUAGACACAUUUUGUGGAGAGUUACAGAAUGACUUGGUGAUUUCCAAGGACCAUCUAGCAGUGGUGCGGUUUAAAAACACGGCAAAUGCUGCACAGUUUUCGGCUCAUGUUCAGGCCAUCCUUCCCGAUCUGGAAAAAGAAACCUUAGCUGAAUUUGAAGAGUUGAAAUUUGAAUCCAAACUCUCCAACCUGUCCAUGAAGCCCCAGGAUGAAAUCUUCAACUGUGUGUUUGGCUGUGGGCAGCAGUGCCCGUUCUGUAAAGUCCCCUGUGAAGCAGGAGGCAUGGAUCAUACGGAACACUUUGCUACAGUCCAUCGGCCUCAGGGAUUAGGGCAGUGCAAAAACAAACGGACAGGAAUGCUUGAGUACUCUUUGUGUUCUUCCGAUGUGGUUUCCAACGCUGUAUUUAGGAAUUCAGAAACGGAAGAGAAAUUUCAUCCCUAUAAAGAUUAUCGACGAUAUUACCCAGAAUGGCGCAUCCAGCCCGAUCCCAGCAUCGACACUUCUGACUACUGGAAGUUCGUUUUUAACAGGUUCAACUAUAAGUUUGCUAAGAAGUACAAGGCUAAGCCAGCAAAUCUGCCGCAGGGUUGGAAAAAAAUAACCAAGCAGCAGGCACUAGAGAGCCUAGAGGAAGCAUUUAACAUAAAACAAUAA